AUGACGAACUUUAACAUCCAGAUCAUCUCGGACACCGUCUGUCCGUGGUGCUACGUAGGCUUGCGCCGUCUUUCCCGGGCCAUUGCAACCCAUAAAUCAAUCCACCCCGCUGAUACAUUCACUCUCACCUGGCAUGCCUACUACCUAAGACCUGACAAUCCGCCGUACCCAGGCCUGGACAAGAGAGAGUACUAUAUCAGUCGGUUUGGUGAAGAUGGGUUCUCUCAGAUCUCUAACAAACUCGGCGAGGUUGGACGACAAGAAGGGGUAGCGUUCAAAUUCAUCGGCAAGCUGGGGAACACACGGGAUUCGCAUCGGGUGAUAUGGUAUGCUGGGAAGAAGGAGAGGGAAGCUGGCGCUCCCGCGGCCACCGAACCCGGUGUAGUUGGUGGCUUGCAAACAAAGGUUGUCGAGAAUCUUUUCAAGGCAUACUUCGAGGAGGGGGGGAAUAUCACAGACCAGAAGAUGCUCCUGGAGGCAGCGGUUCUGGCCGGGCUGGAUCGAGGUGAAGUAGAGAGACUUCUGAAAUCCGAUGAUGGAGGGCAGGAAGUCGAUUUGGAGGCAGCUCAAGCCCAGAGGCAAUUGGUUACUGGUGUGCCCUAUUACACGAUCCAAGGACAAUAUGCCAUUGGGGGAGCCGAGGAUCCCUCGGCAUUUUUGCAGGCUUUUGAGCAGGCGAAGCAGAACUCUUAG